GAUGAGGGAAAUUUAAUGAAUUUACUUUUGUUAUUCAUCAAAUAAAACAUAAGCAAAAUGGCGAACGAUCUGGAUGUUAAGUCUAUUAUGUCGAUAUCCUCGAAGUCGGAAAAUAGUACAGCGCCACAGACCCGGACUCGGUGGAAGAACGCACCCCUGCACGAACGUUGUAGUAUGGCUGAUAUGGUGAAGCUGAAAGAAGCCUUCGCGGAAGCCUACAGGAACAAACUACUGCCAUCACAAUUCAGGAAUCUACUUCGAACAGAACUGAAUGUCGAAUACGAUGACGAAGAGUUUAACAUACUCUUCAUGAAAAUAAAUACAGCUCGUAACGGCGAAAUAGACUGGGAGGAGCUGGUGUCUCAUCUGCUCCUCGGCUACUUCCUGAAUGAUCCCGAAAAUGAGCGAGCCUCCCUGCAGCUUCCCAUCAUGGGGCUACCGACCAUCAUGCGGUCGCAGCAUCGUCAUCCCAUCUCCAGGAUACUUUUCUGUCCUGAUGUGGCAAAGGAUCGCAGUGCGGACGGCUUGUCUGGCGCGUACAUCACCGCCAGUCGCGACGGCAUGAUCAACUGGUGGUCCCUCGACAUGACGUUGCUGCGAACCGCAUACUCUUCCAGCCCACACCUGAAGGUUCGCACCACCUGGGUACUGGACAUGACGUGCAUGCCGGACGUUAACAUCAUAGUAACAAGUUCCACCGAGCGCGAACUUCGCUUCUACGAUUGCACCGCCAAGACCUUCACGCUCAAGAUAGUUAUUACCAGUUGGGAGUACAUGAUAUGCACCAUGCACUACCAUUUCCAUCAAGACAUCAACGAGAACAGCAUCCUGAUCUGCGGCGACGUCGGCGGGAGCGUGCGGGUGCUAUCGUUUUCGCCGAUCAAGCGAGGACCGUUCCGUAACCAACCGGGGAAGUCGCUCAUACAACUCAGACAUGUUGAUCUACAGAAAAGACCCCGCCUGCUGCCGGAGCUGCGCCUGGUAGAGCUGAGGCGCGUGCACUCGGAGUGGGUGCGGCAGGUGUCUUUCUACUCGUCGCUGCACUGCAUCGUGUCGUGUGCCACGUGCCCAGACUCGCUGCUGAUGUGCGACCUGGCCGGCUCCAAGACGCACAACAUGUUCCACCUGGAUAAGGGGGUGCAGUGCUUCGCGUUUGACGAAGAAGCCCACGUCCUGGCGACGGGUGGGCCAGAUUGCGUGGUGCGAGUGUGGAACCCCUUCGUGCCCACGAAGGCCAGUGUGACAUUCCACGGGCACCAUGCCGGCAUCGUGGCGCUGGUGCUGCAGAACAGGGGAAGUUUGGUCUACUCGCUGUCCAGGGACCGGGUCAUCAAGGUGUGGGACGUGCAUGGGCAAGUGUGCAUGCAGUCGUACAUCGACAUCCCGGCGCAAGUGGGCGAGCGGACGCCGAUCUCGGCCGUUUACAACCCGUUCACCCGCGAGCUACUCCUGGCUGCCAUGAAGAUAGCUAUCCUCGUGCUGGAUGAGCAGAUCAACCCGCACCACACGGACGGCGUCACCCACUCCCGCGCCGUCGCCAAGAUCCUCUACAACCCGCUCUUCAAAGUCAUCAUCACGUGUGGCAUGGACAGUAUCAUCAUUAAUUGGGAUCCAGUUACUGGUAAACGCAACGUGUUGACUCGGGACGCGCACACCCGGCUGCUGCACGGGGAGCUAAUUCCUGUGGAGAUCACGGCGGCCUGCUUCGACCCCGGCUACCAGCUUCUCGUCACUGGCGCCAGGAACGGCACGCUCAAGGUGUGGAACUUCAAUACGGGAGUGUGUUUGAAGGAAAUGGAGAUUGAGCACAUGUGUGAAGUUACCAACUGUUUCUGGAUUGAGGGACGGAUAAUGGCGGUGGGCUGGAACCGGCACGUGACGGAGUUUGAGGAAGGCGGCACAGGGCGCACGGGCAAGGCCUGGGAAACGCGGCACUCGGAUGACGUGCUGGCUGCCGCCGCUCGCCAGCCACUCACACUGGCCACCUCCUCCUACAGCUCCGAGCUCAUCCUGUGGAAGCUGGAGACCGGCCAGCCCUACAGACGUUUCUCGUGCACGGAGCCCAUGUUGAGAAUCAAGAUGGUGUACAACAAGCGCUCGACGUCACCGCAGCCCGGGCCCGCCCAGGGCUCGCAGCGCACCUCGUCCAUGAUCCGGCGACCCAGCAGUAUCGGCGGCGGACGCGAGUCUGUCAUAGACGCCGCGUCCGCCGUCCAGAAGGCGCGCGCACGGCGCGUCUCCGCGGUGACGCUUCCCUCGCGGCUGCAGAACAUGAGGCAGCUGGCUGUGCACGCCAUGAUCUUCCUCACCACACGGCCCAUCCACAUGCGCGUGGCGUCCCUGAUACUGUCCCUGGAGAAUGGCCAGGUGCAGUGCUGGUCAGACCACCCGGCUGGUGGACUGCAAGGAGCCUUCCAGGGUAUCCACACCGCGGGUGACUACGUGGCUGCGUUUGCAACCGAUGUUGAUAACAACUACCUCUUCACGGGCACUACAGUUGGCUACGUCAAAGUGUGGCUCAUGACUAACUACCUUACCGUAGAUAAAGUUCACAUCAGCAUGCCGAAACUGCGAGUGACGUUCCCGUUUCUGUGGCGGGACCGGAUUGAGGGUCGCGCCAAGCGCAGCGUGAGGGACCAGCCACUGCCACUGCUGCUCAAUAGCUACCGGGCGCACCUUCGCUGCAUCACCUCCCUGGCCUACGUGGACCACCUGCAGCUGCUGUUCACAGGCUCGUCGGACUACAGCGUGCGAGGGUGGCGGCUCUCCGGGGAGUACGUGGGCACUCUGGGCAGCUUCGUGCCGUGGGACAUUGAUACACCCACGCGCUUCCCUCCCGACGUGCAGAAGGUCGCUAGUUUUACAACCUUCAAGGUGUGGCGCGGCGGCGAGGUGUCCCGCUACGUACCGGGCCAGGUGGCCGUGGACGCGCUGCGUGACAUCACCGAGCACGAGCUCCAGACGCGCACGUUCGGCGAGCCGCCCGCCGAGCCGAUGCUCGGCCACUACUUCAAGCUGCCGCCCCGCCCCGAUCGCCAGGAUCCCAUCGUGCUCGACGACUCACUUCCCACGAUCCCGCUGUACAGUCACCUGCGCAUGGCGUCCACGCAGCCCGUGCGGCGUCCGCCCACUCCCGACCUGGUGCGAGCCACGCGGCUCCGGAGAGACAACACGCGCCGGCCGCGCUUCGACACGCACCCUGGAGAGCCUGACUCACACGCUUAGCUGGACAUAUAUAGAACGUACUUAAGAGUUCUCCACCAAAGUAGAGAGGAGAGGAGACGUGUUUUAAUAAACAAUCAGAUACACAAAUAAAACGUUUCUGUGUAAACAAAUUUUGUGUAUUAAUCCUAAAAGUGAAGGUUAUCACUUUAAACAUAACAUAUUGUUUAAAUUUACAAGAGCAACAUCUCAAGUCAAAAGCCCUAUUGCCCGCGUGUCGCACACCCGAAAGCGUCAUUUAUUCGAUUGACUGAUCUUGAAUGCAAAAGGCGUUCCUUACGUAUUUUUAACUGACUUUAGUAGUUUAGCGACGUAUUUUAACUCAAAAUAAGGAGGACGUUUUCUUUAUGUAGAUAACAGUUGACGGUAUUCGAGCUCUCACAGCUCACAUCUCCGCCACGCACAGCUUACGUCUCCUCUCCGCUUUGGUGGAAACCGGGACUUAUCCUUUACAAGUGGGCAAAUGAGACUUACAACUUAUGUCUCAAGGUGACGAGCGCAAUUGUAGUGCCGUUUAGGGUUCGUUUUGGGUUUUUCAAGAAUCCUGAGCGGCACUGUACUGAUUGCAGUACAGUGCCGCUCAGGAUUUCCAUUGGGGCAGGGCGCAUCAAUAACCAUUAGCUGAACGCCCUGCUCAUCUGUCCCUUAUUAUAAUAAAAAUACUUUACAUACGUAAAACUUAGCUGAAUUUGAUAAACCGCGAACUUAACUUUUGUAUUGGGCUGUCUUAGUCUGAGCAAAAUCUGAGUAUUCUUUAUAUCUCAGCCUUAGUAGCGACACUCGGCCGACGCAUUAGGUUUUUGCAUGGUCGGAUGAUCUUAUGUUUUGAAAGUAGAAUUUUAAUGUUUUAUAGAUAUAAUAAUUAUUUAGUUAUCAUUGUUAGAUAUAACAUAAUAUAAUACUCGGUAUCUUUACAUACAAAUAAAGGGUGUUUUUAUAAAACGUAAA